CCUCGGUAGGGCAGGAAACAGGCGCCAGCUCCCGCCUGUGCGCGCUAGAGUUCCUCCCUCUAACGUCUCUCCCUGCUCCUCUUCCUCCUCCCCCCACCCUGCUUCUGUGCCUCCGCCUGCAGACCCUGGCUGGACAGCGCGGCCGCCAGGACCGGUCUCUCUUCUCUACCGACACCGCAGAGAGGGGCUCUCCAGGUAACAAAGGUGGAUUCUUCUCCCCCAAAUUAAUGACCGGUGACAGCAAGAGACUGGGUGACAUGAGAGAUUCAACUGUGCCCUGCCCGGGACAGCUUACUGGUAGAAGAAUUGAUCUCUAAAGAGACUGGGCAUUGGUUUCAGGAUGGCAAAAGAGGAUCCUCCGAGUACCUCAAAGGACUUGCAGGAGCUGCAGAAGAAGCUGUCUUUGCUGGUAGAGUCCAUCCAGAAUAACUCAAAGGUGGUUGCCUUUAUGAAGUCUCUGGUGGGUCAAUACCUGGACAAGCAUCCUUUUCUGGCCCUCAGUGUGCUGGUGUUUGUUGCCAUGUCAGCCGUUCCUGUUGGGUUCUUCCUCCUCAUCGUGGUGCUUACCUCCCUGGCUGCUUUCGUGGGGGUCAUUUUACUGGAAGGACUGGUCAUCUCUGUGGGCGGCCUCUCACUGCUGUGUGUCCUCUGUGGUUUGAGCUUUGUAUCACUCGUCAUGUCAGGGACAAUCAUAGUGUCCUACAUUGUGGUCUCCAGCCUUGUCAACUACUGGUUUCCUUCCAGACUUUUGAUACAACAAAACUCCAGUGGCAACUGUCAGCUGGCUAUGAAGUCCGCAGACUUAGAGGGGCUCUACCAGGAAUGACCAGCCCAGCGGAGCCAGAGCUUUUUCCAAGCACCUCUCGAAGGCUGUGGAUCAUACUCAGCCCUUGGGAUUAUGACUCAGAAGGGGGCGGGAGGUGGUUAAGCACUCCUCAGAAGCGUCCUCUAACUUCUUCAUUUAUGCAUAGGAUCCUUGGGGGGAGGGGGGCAAUUUGGGGAGCUCAUUGCGCUUGCAUGAGUCCUGGGGUUCUGUUGGCUGGCCUUCCCUCACAUGAGAAUUAAUUGAGAACUGCAGUGGCUCAGCAGUUCUUCCUGCCUUUCACUCCUCCUCCAUGUGCAGACUUGACCUUGGCCCAGUUGUGAGCCCCUGCAGCCUGGUUGCUUGACCCUGGAGGCUCAGAUCUUGUGUCCAAGCACCAACUUUGGGGGUAACUGUGGAUUUCUUUUCUUUUUUUUCUUUCCUUCAGAAAGGAGAGGGGCUGUUUAUUUUUCACUUAUUUGAAGCAAAGUGGGGAAAAGUAAUCCAAAACAGAGCAAUCUCUUCUGCCUUAUUAGCUUUUUAUCAGAAAAACCAGCAAUAUUUGGCAAUAAUGCCCUCUCAGACAAGGUUAAAAAACAGAGUCCAAAGUUAACUUUAGCCAAGGGCACUUUUGAAAAAGUCUAAAGAUACAGUUUCUAUGUUGAGUACUGUUAAGUGCUGUUACUCUUAAAAAUUUGCACUUGAUAGUUUUUGUAUUGUUUAGAGAACUUAGCUUAAGCCAUUUCUAUAAAAAGUCCAAUGAAAAUGCUAAAGGACUACACAAGCUUUUAAAAUCCAGUAGGAUUUCUACUUCAGUGGUCUGCGGCAUUUUAUUAAAUAUUUAUUAGAUGAGCUUUUUUUUUUCUUCACCCCCGAGACAUCAGACCCACUGUUUCCUUCUCUGUUGAUUUCAUGGCAGAUCCGAGGUAAUAGGGCUGAUGAUAAGACACUCCACCUAAAGUGGCUUUAAAAAGGGGGGAAGGGAGCAGAAGAGGGGAGUUCAUUUCACUCAAUUAAAAAGCCAGGGUGUAGAUUUUCAGGCACUGCUGGAUCCAGAGACUCAAGUGGCAUCUUGAGGCAUCUCUCUCCCUUCAUCCCUCAGCAUUGCUUUCUUCGUGUGAGCUGUUUUUCCAGGCAGGUCCUGCAUAUGCGGAGGCCCCAGUAGCUCUGGCUUUAUGUCAGUCCCAUGGUUAGUACUCUGCAUCUGCAGUGAUGAGGAAGCUGCCUCACCCACCAGCACCUGCAGAUGUUCUGACUUUGGCACUGAUUGCACAGACUUGGGUCAUGUGAACAACCCUGACCCAAUCAGUGACCAGGAGGGUAGACUAUGCUGAUUGAACAGGGAUGGGCCAUAAGUAAAUGCUUUAGUAACUAGGGGAUGUUAUAGGUCAACCCCAUUGGUUUCACGUGGGGUGGGGUGCAUACUCCCAAAGGAAUAUGAGAAGGAGAGGAAAUAUUUGAGCAGACAAAAUAAAAGCCUGCUACUUGCAUCAGUAGGACAUAAAGGCUUUAAUCUGGAAACUUCUAAGUCCCAUGAAGGCCAUGCCUGUCCCUAAAGGUGGCUUUACCUCUUAAAGAACAAGAACUGCCUGUUCCUGCCAGUCUAUGGAGUAUUAAUACUUGGUAUUUAUUAAAUAUUUCUUUUCUUCAUGUAAAUGUUUGCUCUCAUCUGUAUAUGCUACCUCCCAGCUGGGUAGUAAUAAAAAAAUGAAAAGGUC